AUGCCUCCACGGAGGCAAUGGAUUGAUAAAAAGUCUGCCACCACCUAUCAGCUUUUCCACAGGUCGCAAAAUGACCCUUUAAUACACGACCCAGACGCGGACGAUAGAAUCCUUCACAAGAUAUCCGGUACUCCAACAACGGAAUCAUCUUUGAAACCUUCAGAGCUUCCAAGUGGACAGUCACAUUUUGUUGAAGCGACGCCGGUGAAGGGGAAAGGGAAGAUCAAAGGCAUGAGGCUUGAGGAGGCAUUGAAGGAAACUUCGCUUGAUGAUGUAGAGGAUCUUGCGUCGGUUCGCCAUCACGAUGCGCUUUCCACGGCUUCAACAUAUUCUCGGAAACAAACAUAUCAAGACCAACAAGAUGUCCCAGAUGCGAUUGCUGGAUUUCAACCAGAUAUGGAUCCUCGACUAAGAGAAACCCUGGAAGCCCUUGAGGACGAUGCAUUUGUUGAUGGUGACGAAGAUGGUGACUUUUUUGAGUCUCUGGUGCAAGGUGGGAUAGAUGCUGAAGUAGAUGCAAGUGAAUGGAGGGAUACCCAUAUUGAAGAUGACGACGAAGGCUGGGAAUCAGACGCAACGGAAAAGGCAUCAAAACAACCAAGUGUAAGCACCAAAGCUGCUACACCACCCGCGAAAGGACCUGUAGACGAUGAGCACAUCCCAGACACAGCUGCCGGAGAGGGAGACUGGCUUCGAAAUUUCGCCCAGUACAAGAAAGAUAUGAAAUCCAAGCCCUCCGCAACCUCUACACAGAGAGAAACCGUCUCCGUGUUACAUGCUGGAACCGUGGCAUCUACAAUGUUCACCGCUGGCGGGACCCCCAUCCGCAGAAAAAAACGCAAGGGGGCUCUCACCAACCCCUCUGCGUACUCGAUGACCUCAUCAUCUCUCGCGCGAACUGAGGGCCACCGUCUUCUCGACGAUAGGUUCGAGAGAAUCGAAGCGCUCUAUGCGGUCGAUGAACAAGGCGAGGACUACGAUGGCUCUAGCAUGGCCGAUGACAUGUCUGUGGUCAGUGGGAUGUCAACGGUCUCUGAAAUACCAAGUCUGGUUAGCGGUGGGACACCGCUUCGGUCAGACUUCAAUCAGAUUAUGGAUGGGUUCUUGGAUGGGUGGGAUGAUCGUGGCGUGCAUGCUAAAAGGAAAGGGCCGAAGGGGAAGAGGGGAAAGAAUGGAAAUGAGGUCGUCGGAAUUCGGAUGCUCGACGAGAUUCGACAGGGUCUGGGACCGGCGAGAUUACCUGGGAAAGUAUAG